GUCCAGCAGAGGGCCCUAAUGCGACAGAGAAGCGCCUCCGAGUCCUCCAGUAGAAGAAGAAGAGUAAGCCGGACGUAGGCGGAACCUGGGUUCCGUAGAAGACGAAGAAGAAGAAGCUAGCCGCUAGCCUCUCGGUGCUGCAGGUUCUGUCUCUGGUUCUGGUUGUGUGUCUCUAGCCGUCAAACAUGGUCCAGUUGGUGGGUCCCCUCCGUAAAGAGCUGUCUGCCUCGCUCUCCAGCUGCUCGGUGCUGGUGGUCGGAGCUGGAGGGAUCGGCUGCGAGCUGCUGAAGAACCUCGUCCUCACCGGCUUCCACAACAUCCAACUGAUUGACUUGGACACAAUUGAUGUGAGCAACCUGAACCGCCAGUUCCUCUUUCAGAAGAAGCAUGUUGGCAAGUCUAAAGCACAGGUGGCCAAGGAGAGCGCCUUGCAGUUUUGUCCCACUGCAAAUAUCACUGCCUACCAUGACAGCAUCAUGAACCCCGACUAUAACGUGGAGUUCUUCAGAAAGUUCAUGCUGGUGAUGAAUGCGCUGGAUAACCGAGCGGCCCGUAACCAUGUGAACAGGAUGUGUUUGGCAGCAGACAUCCCUCUGAUAGAGAGUGGCACUGCUGGAUACCUGGGACAAGUCACAGUGAUCAAGAAGGGAAUGACUGAGUGCUACGAGUGCCAACCUAAGCCCACCCAGAAGACCUUCCCAGGAUGCACCAUCAGAAACACACCGUCCGAGCCCAUUCACUGCAUUGUCUGGGCCAAGUAUCUCUUCAAUCAACUAUUUGGAGAAGAGGAUGCAGAUCAGGAGGUGUCACCCGACACAGCGGACCCAGAGGCUGCAUGGAAACCCGAAGACACAGCAACUCGCGCCACGGCCUCAGAAAAGGACGGGGACAUAAAGCGAGUCUCCACUAAAGAAUGGGCCCGCUCCACCGGAUACGACUCUGUCAAACUAUUCAACAAGCUUUUCAAAGAUGACAUCAUGUACCUGCUGACCAUGGACAAGCUGUGGAAGAAGAGGAAAGCUCCCACACCUCUGGACUGGCAGCAGCUAGAGAACAUUGCAUGUCCUCAGGAGGAGUCUGUGGGUUCAGGUUUGAAGGACCAGCAGGUUCUGGGUGUUUGGGGUCUCUGCAAGCUGUUCCAGCACAGCGUGGAGACUCUCCGCUCACAGCUGCAGGAGAAGGGAGAAGGAGCCGAGCUGGUGUGGGACAAGGAUGACACCCCAGCCAUGGACUUCGUUACUGCAGCAUCCAACCUACGUAUGCACAUCUUUAGCAUGAACAUGAAGAGUCGCUUUGAUGUAAAAUCCAUGGCUGGUAACAUCAUUCCAGCUAUCGCUACAACCAAUGCUGUCAUCGCUGGACUCAUUGUGCUGGAGGGGUUGAAGAUCCUGUCUGGGGAAAUGGAAUCCUGUCGCACGAUCUUCCUGAACAAGUGUCCCAACGUCAGGAAGAAGCUGCUGGUCCCAUGUAUCCUGGACCCGCCCAGCGCCAACUGCUACGUCUGCGUCAGCAAACCUGAAGUCACGGUCAAACUCAACGUCCACAAAACCACGGUCCUCACUCUGCAGGACAGGAUCCUGAAGGAGAGAUUUGGCAUGGUGGCUCCAGAUGUUCAGAUAGAGGAUGGAAAAGGGACCAUCCUCAUCUCCUCAGAGGAAGGAGAGACAGAAACUAACAACAGCAAAUUCCUUGCUGAUUUUGGGAUCCGUAACGGCAGCCGUCUCCAAGUUGAUGACUUCCUCCAAGACUACACACUCCUCGUUAAUGUCCUGCACACUGAGGAACUAGAGCGGGAUGUGGAGUUUGAGGUAGUAGGCGAGGCCCCAGACAAAGCUCCGCCCCCUCAGGCUAACCAGGAAGAGGCUAACAGCAUCACCAACGGCAACAAGGACUCCGCCCAGCCAUCCACCUCUUCUAAAGCUGCAGCAGGGGACGAUGACGUCAUGAUCGUUGACUCUGAUGAGGAGGAAGGGGCGUCGUCUGGCUCUGCAACAGCAGCAGCAGCGACCAGCGGCAGCAAGAGGAAGCACCCAGACGCAGAAACUGGCGAGACCUCCACCAAGCGCCCACGGACGGACCAAUCAAGCGCUUCAGCUGACGAUGACAAUGAUGACGAUGACAUCAUCGCUCUGGACUAACCCCUCCUCCCUGGUUUCCCGAAGGACGCUUUGAACGAUUAUCAUUUUGACUCAAGACUGACAGUAGGUUUGAAUAAAACGCCUCUUUUAUGAAGAACAAUUUACUGCCCCGGUUCGUCUAUCGUCACUUCCUCCCCCCAACUCCGUGUUUGUGCUUUCAUACUCCCUCUGCUCCGACAUGAUGCUGUAAAUAGAUUCUACAUUUUAAAAAGUUUUGAAAAAUACACACAACUUUUUUUUGUUAUUGUUAUUCAUUUCUGGUCCCUAUAAGAUGCUUCUCUUCAUGGUAAAAAAAAAAAAAAAAAAAUGUUUUUUUUUGUAUUUUUUAUAAUGUAUUUCUCAUGCUACACAAGUCAGGGUGUUUUUGUGCUUUGUGGUCAGGUAACAAAAGAUUUAAAAACCAAAACAUUUUCUUUGGGUUGUAAUAUAGAUCUCAGUCGUUGUGACGGUAACUGACAGACCCAGGAGUCUGCAGCUUGUGGUACUCUAACCAGCGUGUCUGUUGAUGUCUGUGAUCGGGUUGGUAAAGCACAGAGGAACUGAUGGAGAGUCUGGCCACGUUGUGCCACGGGGGGGGGAUGUUAGUUUGCUACCUCUUUUCUAGAACUAAUUGCUUAUUGGUAACCAUGCCCUCCAUAACACCGCCACAGCGAGGCAUCCAGCUCUUAGAGGAUGGAAAAAAGUGAAUCAGAAACAGCCAUGGAGCAGCACAGUGACGCUAAUAUACAUCAGACCGGCACGUAUGGGUACUUCGCAAACCGUCAUGGCCAGCCCCCUUUUGGGGGAUAAAAACCCAAAGAUCCCAUAGACUUCAAUGCAAUUUGACAUGUUUGGAUGUAAUUUUGAUAAGUUUGUACGCAUUAAUCUCUUUAUACAAACGUUUGUUUUAUACACGUCUAAUAAUUAUUUUGCAAUAGACAACUGUUUGAUCUAUGGGCUGAGAUUUAGUUCACAACAACUCUUCGGCAUUAACUAGGGAUGUCCUGAAUACCAUUUGUUUGGGCUUCAAAGCUUCCGUGAGAAAUAUUCGAAGGUAUUCGAAGCUUCGCAGAGCAGCGCGGAGUGGCAGACUGACAUGUUCUUCUGUCUCCAUCUCCCCUGUUUCAGUGCAGCUGCUGCACUACUGCACACACACACACCUCUACACGCAACAAACAGCGAUAUCCAUCUGAGAUUAACUGAUGAUAAUUAAUGUUGUAUAUGAAUAAUGUUGGAUUAUUCCUUAUUUCAUGGGCUAUUUGGGGAUUUAUACAUUACUAUUAAAUACUUAAAUAUAUAUAAAAAACAAAUAAAAAAACAAAGCAUUCGAAUACUGAUUUUGAACUUGAAUACCAUGGCAACAAUCAAAGCUUCGAAGCAUUCGAGUCAGCCCUAGACAUAACGUUAUUACUAUUACUAGUUUGUUUAAAGGGAAAGUUUGGAUACAUGUUUCAAUUUCUUCUGUUCGGUCAUGCGAGCCUACUCUGGAUGACAUAUUGCCGGUCUGAUGUAUGACUCCCUGUGAAACUGCCCUGUAUCCUAAAGGCUCUGGCUAAGCACAAGCGGCUUAGAUCCAGGGUGGUAGUAGUUUAAUGUUAACAUGUUACAGUCGUCUUUUAUUAGCAUGACUUGGUUGUGUUUGAAGUUAAUUUGUUUAGACGACUAAAGACAGAACCAGAGAUGGAGUAGAGGUUUGACCAGAACCAGUCAUUGUUUUUCGUACUGCAGAGGUUAAUCUGAUGGCAGUGGAGUCCUGCACUGAAAUAACGUAAGAGCCUCUUGCACAAAGUGUACUGUAGCGGUUGAGCUCCUGCUGUCUUCUCCGGUGUAACUCCUGUGUCAGUGUCCAUAGUUUCAUAUUUCAUUGUGAUCUGACUUGUAGUUGAGAGGCUAUGGGAGCCCUUUGGACCAAUUUGGUGAAGACAAUAAACUCAACAAAUGCUGAGCUUCU